AUGGCGACUUUGUCUCCGAAGAUAAAAGAGAUAAAAGAGGUGAAAGAAAAUAAAGGAACAACAAGAAAGGGUUCAGUUUCAGAAGAGCCAAGUGUGAGAGAUAUGUUAAAGGAGAUUAUCAAAGAGCUACAAACAGUGAAAGAGAACCAAGAAGAACACCAGAAAACAACACAGGGUCAAGCACAAAGCCUGAAAGAGAUAAAAGAGGAAAUGAAAGGAAUGAAGACAGAAAUAGUGUUGCUACAAAGUGAGAUCAAAAGCCUGAAAAUAGAAAAGAAAGAAAUGCAAAAAACGCAAGAAAGCUUAGAAAGAAAGAUAAAGAUACUGCACCUGGAAAAAGAAAGACUAGAAGAAAAACAAUCGUACACGGAAGCAAAGGAGAUGGAAUUUCAAUUAAGAUUAAGGAACAUCCAAGAAGAGCAAGGGGAGAAUAUAAGGGAAAAGGUAAAGGAGAUCCUGGGAGAACUUAUGGAAAAGUCAGAACAAGAAAUUGAAGACCAGACAGACAGAAUACAUAGAAUUAACACCAAUUUCGCGAGGAGAAACAGAACUGCGAGAGACGUGUUAGUCCAUUUUGUGAAGAAGAUUCAAAGAGAUGCGAUAUUAAAGGCGAGCAGCAAAAAAACCGUCUUGUACAAGGGCAAGAAGGUCAUAAUAUUGAAAGAGAUACCAGGAGUCGUACUGAACAAAAGGAAAAAAUACAAACCACUUGCUGAAGAACUCAAAAGGCAGAAAAUACGCUUUCAAUGGGAAAGAGAAGGCCUAAUGACAACAUAUCAGGAACAGAAACAUUGGAUUACAGAUGAAGAAACAGCAAAGGACUUUUUAAAAAGGAUU